UGGUUGCAACUACAUAACAGUUCUUCGCGCUGUAGCUGACUCAGUUAUCCUGUAAACAGUUGUCGCGGCUCCUGAAAGAGAAGCUCAGAGACAGGCAGCGGGACACCAUGACGAUAAACACUCUACCCAACGGGACCACGGUGACAGAACUGGGUCAGUUCCUGAAAAACCCACCGGAGGGUUUCACCGUGAAGGCCGUGGGCUCGGAAUACCAGGUCCAGUGUGGAGAAGAGAACCUGGUUUUCAUCGAUAAGUUUCACUCCGGGGAUUUUGAUGUAGUUUUCCAGAACUCACUAGGAAGGAAGUUUAAAAUGCACAAUUUGUGGGAGUACACCAGCAUGAGGAAAAGUCUGCUGUCCAAGAGGAUCUAUGUGUUGGUUUCUCUCUGUGAUCAAAACAUGCUAGAAACCAUUAAGAAGGGGCCCAUGAAGCCCAGAGUUCUGCAGGAGUACAUGUUGUCCAUCAAUGGUGGGGAUCAGAUGAUGAAGUGGCAGAUGGAGAAAGGCCUGAACUGGACCAUCUCCUCUGUGGCGGGAGAGAGCUACAGGGUGGAGAUUGACUUGAGUGAAAUCUUGCAGAGUUUGGCUGCUGAAGGCCUCAUUGCUGAGAACCUGAUGAAAUAUAAUCCAACGUGGAAGGAUGCCUCCUUCACCCUUAAGUACUACUCUGAUGCCCUAUUUGACUUCCCUCACUGGUUGGGCCGCAGCAAAAGAUCAUUUCAGCUGAGACUGAUAAGAAACACAUGAGGGAGACCAUAAGGAUUGUAUCUGCUAAGUUUUCCAGCAUCUGUUGCUGCACAUUUUAAGAAAAAUGAAGAGGAGUGUUCUCAUCAGUGAAUGAGAAGCCGAUCAGUUGAACUCUGCUGCUUUGUCAGGAGUUUGGUAUUUGAGCUACUGGCUUGGGAUUCAUCUGCUGUUCAGUGGGAGGAAAAGCACCAGCAAAGACUGAAAAGAAAAUGUGGGAUGCAGUUGAGAUUAGUCAUAUUAUACAUGUAAAUAAACAAAAUGUAACAUGUACAUAUAUUGUUUUGGUUUUUUUUUUUUUUUGCUUUUCUUUUUCUCCAACUGCAUUCCACAGUUGUAUGUGCUGUACAUUGAUUGAACAUGUUUGGAAUAUUUCUGUUUUAUUUGGGGUUAUUUUUCUUAAAUUUGUACAAUAUUUUUACAUAAUAAAAUGAAAUGAAACUUUU